CAUUUGUUGAGUGAACAAGAUACAAAUACCUUAUUUUCUUUUAAAAAUUUUCUUCAUCAAGAAUUCCAUCAGAAUCCAUAUAGAGUAAUUAUGGAUGAAUUGGAUGGAAUUCCCAAACGCAUCUUCUUCUAUCCGAUAAAAACAAGAACCCAGAUCAUUGCAUCAAUUCUAGUGCCAACCCUUGUGGAAAUAUCCGUGUACAUUGUGCUAACAAUUGCUGAUAUAACAACUAGUGUAAAUCAUUUUCAAAGUGGUGAUUAUCUAUGGGGAGCCCUAACUCUGACAUUCUUGUGCUUGCCCGCCAUUCUCUGCUUCACCAUAAUCAUCUCAUCGCCCUGGCAAUGGCCAGAUCAAAGUGAUUGUGCGGAAGCAAAUAGCCAUUGGAAGUUCUUCUUCAGGCAACUAUUCAAUCUCCUGCUCUUCCCGCUUGGUGCCAUAUGGAGGUUUUCUCGGCGGAUAUUCUGGUGUAUCGAAGCCCUUUUUCACGAUCGUGAAUCUUAUGAGAGGCAUCAUGCUGUUGGCAAAGCCAUUGAGUCAUCACCUUUCGAGCUCUAUCACUUUCUGCAGGCAUUCACCCAAGCUGCUCCCCAAAUCAUCCUCCAAAUGAACAUUAUGCUGCGCGAGGAUGUCUUUCGGGAUUAUGAAACGACUACUGCCCAAGUGAUAAGCGUUGUAUUUUCACUAAUAAAAAUGGGAAUGACUGUGGAAUGUUUUCAGCGGUUUGAGAGCCAAAAAAUCGUUGGGCGGAAUUAUCCCUGGCAUACGACAGAGCAAUGUGAGAUGCAUAAGAAGAGAUUACACCAGACAAAAUUUACGCCAAAAAAGUACUACAGAGAAAUAAGUGGAUUGUCUAACACAGCCAUGGAGUUUCCGGAUGUUAUGAGGGUAUUUGAGGAGAGAUUUGGCUCAAAUCGGGAUGUUAGAGAGGAGACUGAAGGGGAUUUCAGGAAGACUAUGCACGUUGAUCAGGAGAAUUUCAAUAAAGAUGCAGGUAAAACCAUACGAAAAGCAUCAAUGGACGCCCAAAUGGAUGAUGCAGUAAUUUUGCGUAAUUCAACUGGGUCACAGAACAAACCCAGUGACACUCAGAGUACUAAUGCAAAUGCUUCAGGAGUUAGGACAUCGUCCCAUCAGAGUCAAAUUGCAGAUUCACCAGAUUGGGAUGCAAUUGAGAAGGAUACGACGACUGAAGGGAAUUUGGCAAAUAUUGGUGAGGAGUAUGAAGAUGAAUUGGACAAUUUCGAUGCUGUACCAAAAUCUGCACCACCACCCCGUCCUGAUUUACCACCCUUUCGUGCCACCCAAUUCUUCCUGGAGCCACUGAAUCGUUUUUCCACCAUAAAGGACAUGUUUCUUGUAAAUGCUGAGAUAUAUUUGAAAGAAAAUGUACCACGACUUCCCCAAAAAAUCCUUAAUCACGAUGUUAAGACACAACAUCGAAGGCAAUCCGCUAACUUUAGUGAUAUUUCCAAUCAUCAAGUAAUUAAAGAUACCAGUGAUGUUGUCGAUAUAUCACUGCCAACCCGAAGAACUAUGAUAAAUGGCAUUGAACAGGAUGACAUUCUAGGGAAGUCCGUUGCAUUUAUGGGAUGGGUUCUAUUCCUGCUCAUGCGAAUGCUAGCCCUAUCACUUUUUGCGGUGUUCUAUCUAAAAGCCACUGGUUAUCUCUGUCUCAGUCACUAUAUUUUAAUGCUCAUUUGGCUAUUUAUAGAGACACGAUUUCAUGAAAAGGCCGAACGGGAUUUUUUCUACAUCUUCCUGGCCUAUGUUUACAUCUUCUGCAUAAUCGAGUUUAAAAUUAAAUUCCGAAAUAUAAGGGUAUGGUAUUUGCUAUAUUGCGGACUAAUGCUGACACAGAAUGUUCUCAUGUCUCUCUGGUGGUUCCUAACGGAUGACUUUCAAUCCUGGUGGUUUCACUACUUAUUUGCCAUGAUAUUAGUUAGUGGUGCUUUGAGUAUAGGAUGUCUAGUAACAUACUACAUCAUCCUGAAGCCAAGGGAUAAGAUUCUCUUUGAAAUAACAAACACAGAACAAAAUACAGAAGCAUGAAUACCAAGUAGUUUUCUUUUCAAAAAAAGGCAAGAAGGAAAAUCUAAUUUAAACCUCAAGGAAAUGGAAAUAAUAACAAAAUACUAUUUCUAUGCACUUUACAUAUAUAAUAUAAAGUGUACUUUCUCUCUUUUUUACCCUCUCUUUUAUUUACUAUAAAAUAAUAUAAUUGCAAAUUUCAGUGUUUGCAUGAAAAUAUGCUCAAAUAGAAAAUGUUUUAUAUUUUCCUAAAAGCAAAAUGUCAAUCGAUAAACUUAUAACACUAUACCACGUCCAACUAUAACUGCAACAAGAAUAGCAGUGGCAUAUUUUACAAUUUUCUCAUCUUGAUAUUUUUUGCAUAAUUUUCCCUCUGCAUUUGUCGUUGAUUUCUCAAUUUACACUUAAACAGAGAAUAAACAUGGGAAUACUGGGAAUGACUUGAAUAAACUAUUUGAAAUGCAAAAGAGAAAUUAUUGAGACAUAAAUUGCAUACCACUUUUUUUUUUAAUUUUUUAAAAGCUUCCAUUGUGAUCUUGUAACACUAUGCAAUAAUGAUUUUCAACCUGAAUUCUCAUGAAAUCUUAUUCGAAAAUUCCUGUAAUUUAAUUACAAUUAUUUUCCUUUUGCCCCUGUAUUAUAGGCAAAACCUCAUUCACCACUUUCUAAUGCUUAAACUGUUUAAGCUCAGGUUCUAUUGAAUGCAUUUAAAUAUUCAUAAAGAGAAUAUGAAAGGCCUUUGUACAGACGAAAACUCUCUAAAACUGUUUUAAAGUUUUGUGGUCGGUACAGUUGCAUAAUGCUACAAAACCUUAAAAAUUCCAUCUGUAUUAAAAAUAGAAUUGAGAUUUUUUGAAAACCAGAACGUGUUAUGCUUAGAUAUUCUUGAAAUUUUUAUUUUAGUCGAAUAAGUGAGAUUAUUAAAAACCCGACCUAAUGCAGAAAAAUUCUUCACAAAUUCCCUUAGUUCGAUUUUUCUCUAUAAAGGAGGAAGUGGGGCAUCUUUGAAUUGGGGUAGCUUUAAAAAAAGGCUUUUUUUUAAUUAUUUUAAUUAUUUUUAAAUUGAAUUAAGCCCUAUCACAAUGAAAUUUAGCUUCGCAAUUGGUUUGUGGACCCUGCCCCCUAUCUCUAAAAGAAAAUUAACAGUAACAUAAAGUAAUUUAGCUUCAUAACAGGUUUGUGGAACUAAAUCAUAUCAUCUUUCUUUUGGAGUCUGACGGGGAACUUUAUAAAUCAUAUCAGGAUGAAGACCACUUUCAUUUGAAAAUAGAAGAAAAAGCACUAUUUUAAAGGUACUCCAAUUCAGAGAUGCCAAUGUUAUUUUUAUAAAGCUUUGCCGUAUCUGCAAUUUAAUGUUUUCGACUUUCAGAUUUUUAUUGUUUUUGAAUCUAUCCAUCUAUCUAUUUUAUCGAACAUCAACAAAGCUUUCUUAGUUACUACAAUCGUUAGUUAGUUACUACAAAGUUACUAUAAAUCGUAAAAUCCUUAAAACAGUCUCCCUACUAUAAAGAGAAUCUUAUAGCAAAAUCUUUAUCUUUCCAAUUUUAGAGCAGACCGUUACGACUAAUACAGACCUAAGGCUUAGCCAUAUGCUUAUCUUCUCUAAUUUCAUUUCAAUCAUCUUCUAAUCUAAUUUCAUUUCAUCAUUUACUUGGAAAAUCAUCACUUAAUAUUGGACAAUAUGGGCAAGCGAUCCAUUAAAUCUUAAAAAACCAAUAAACUUGGUUGCCAUUUUGAAUUUCGAGAUCAUCGGGAACUGGGCUAAACCUUAGGUCUGAAGCCAGCAUUAGGAUAUGAUGUAAGUCAAAUUAGGAAUUUCGGUAAAAAAAAAAAACUUUGUUGUUCUUCUUUAUGUUUCAAUUGGCCGACGUUUGGGUCCUUGGUUGGGACCUUCUUCAAGGCCUACAUACAAUUUCAACAAUUUACAAAAUGCAUUUAAAAUUUUUUCUACAAACUCACAUCAAAAACUCGGAAAAGAAGGUCCCAAACAAGCAUCAAAACGUCAACCAAUAAAACCGUAAGAAAGAGCAAGAAAGAUUUUUAGAGCAAAAUUCCAAAUUUGAUUUAUAACUUUGUCUUUUUGUACAAAAUGUUCAUUUUCUGAUCAAUAAUCUAAACAGUUUUUGUCUCUUACAAUCCGUUACAAUCAUCCACAUAAAGCAUUCCUUAGAACCCAAUCAAUCUGACUAUUUUGAUAACUUUCCGCAAUUUAUCGACUUGUUUAAAAGUCUUCAUUCUUAACAUUGCAUUGUC